AUGUCCGCGGGCCCAACAGAUAACGAGCUAAGCAAAAAGUUUCGUUCGUUAAAAAAAAUUGGAGAAGGGACAUAUGGGAUCGUUUACAAGGCAAUUCAUGUCAAGGAUCAAACGAAAUGCGCAUUGAAAAUGAUCACCAUGGACAAAGACGAGGAAGGAAUUCCAAGUACGUGCCUUCGAGAAAUUUCAUGUAUAAAAGACCUACGACAUGAUAAUAUUGUUCACUUGUUUGAUAUUAUUUUCACAGAUUCUGAUCAAAAGCUUUAUAUGGUGUUCGAGUUUAUUGAUCGCGACCUCAAACUUUUGUUGGAAAUGAUUGAACCAGACCGUUUGCCUGAAAAUUAUGUCCGAUCAUUCAUGUGGCAGUUACUGUCAGCAUUGUCGUAUUGCCAUUUAAGACGAAUUGUCCACCGCGAUCUUAAGCCACAAAAUAUUCUCGUUUCCGAUGAUGGCGUGGUUAAAAUUGCCGAUUUUGGAUUAGCCAGAAGUUUCUCAUUUCCUAGUCGAAAAUAUACACAUGAAGUGGUUACAUUGUGGUACAGGCCGCCUGAGAUCAUACUUGGGUCGCAAAGAUAUUCGACUUCGCUGGAUAUGUGGUCUUUGGGUUGUAUUUUUGCCGAACUGGCGUCAGGCCAACCACUUUUCAACGGAGAAUCGGAGAUUUCGCAGCUAUUUAAAAUAUUCGAAAUCAUUGGAACCCCCAAUUCUACGAACUGGCCUGGCGUCGAAAAACUUCCACAUUAUAAAGGGGUUUUCCCUAAUUGGAAGUUUAAUGGAAGGCUUCUUGCCGAAUCCUCAAAUCUUACUGGACCAGGAUAUGAUAUUCUUAAGGAAAUCGUUCGCUAUCCACCUGAAAAACGGCUUACAGCCAAAAUGGCCCUUUCUCAUCGAUAUUUUAUGCAGAACGAUUUUAUAGAGAAUCGUCCUUCCGUAUUGGACCUUCUUGCUAAUGUCAAAGAUGAGGUCGAGGAAGUGAUGUUGGCAGUGGCGGCCCCGAGUUGGAGUCACUCGAUAGAUAAAGACUCGUCCGAAAACUGCCCGAAUAGCCAAUCGUCAAGCAGAGAGCAUGACGGAUCACCAAGUUCUCGUUGUUUGAACAAUGUCAAACAUUACAAUGCCGAUGGUAUCUCGUGGGCAAUGGCAGCCGUAUUUGUCAUUGGCGACAUGAUGGGAGCAGGAAUGAUCUCGUUACCUUUGGCCCUCGGAUCAGCAGGCCUCAUUCCUGGUGUAUUUUUCAUUAUUCUGCUGGGCUUAAUAUCUGGCUAUACUGGAAUUCAACUCAGUGACAAUUGGGAAAUGAUGCAGGAUCGAUGGGCGGAAUAUCGAUCAAGAUGUCGCCGACCUUAUCCGGAAAUGGCGUCUCGAUCGCUCGGAAAAUGGGCCGGUCGACUUGUCGCCGUCACAAUCACAUUCUCGCAAUUUCUUAUCGGAUCGGUUUUAAUAUUAAUAUGUGCGCAGAAUUUCACAAAUUUGCUCAAUACGUUCACCGAAAUUCGCCUCGAUUUUUGUAUUUUCAUUGUUGUUUUGGGAUUGAUUUUGUGGCCUCUGAUUAUGCUUCGCAGUCCUAUGGAUUUCUGGCAACUGGCUUGCCUCUCCGCUGCUUCCAGUAUUGUCGCUGCAUGCUUGAUUGUGGCUGGAACUGCUCACGACUUGCCCGUCUGUAUUAAAGAGCGCAAGCUUCCUGAUUUCGAAUUCAAAAGCUUUUCGUUGGCCUACGGAACGAUCAUGUUCGCCUACGGCGGUCAUGCAGCAUUCCCAACAAUUCAGCAUGACAUGGCCAAUCCACAUCAAUUCAACAAAUCAGUUGUGGCUGGCUAUAUAGUGAUUAUGAUUGCUUAUUUGGCAAUUGCCGUCACUGGAUUACUUGCCUAUGGCGACAGUAUGAUUGACACGAUCAUUCCCUCGAUGCAAUUGACCUGGGUGGCGCAUGCUGUGAAUAUCCUAAUCACCGCACACAUCUUGCCGACAAUUAUCAUUGUGAUGUCACCAAUGACUCUUCAAGUCGAGGAAUGGACGGGAGUUCCUAAUCAUUUUUCUCUUGCCCGAUUCGGUGUUCGAACUUGCAUCCUCUUCCUCGCCGUUUUCAUGGCUCUUUCGGUUUUGAAACUCGGAAUAUUUGUCAAUCUUGUCGGUGGAACAACAAUCACAUUUAUGACAAUGGUUUUGCCCUCGGUCUUCUGGUUGUGCAUGCAAGCAUCAUUCAAAAAACGAAAGGAAGGUAUUGACGCGGGAGAGAUUGAUGAAGAAUGUCCCGAUGACGAGCUGGCAACGUUUUCAGAUGUGCUGAAAUAUACACCGAAAUACUUACUCGUUCUCAAUGCUCUAACCAUAAUAUUCGGAUUCUUCGGCGGAAUAUCGGCAACUUGGGAUGCCAUCGAAGGUCUUAUAGUUACUGGUCAAGUUACUCCAUGUUAUGUUAACUGGAUACGCGAGGGAUUCAUUCCAAAGGUCUCCGGUGGAGUUUUGCACUGCUGCGGACAGUUUAAGAAUGUUUCUUAUUACGGAACCCCUGAACUUUGUCUUGUCUCAAAUUGA